CAUUUAUUUCAUGAGCUGAUGGAAUUCCGACCACCAAUCCCACUCUGUCCUUUCAUUCGGGCCAUGUCAAGCUGGCGACUGUUUACUACUGGCCUGCCCUCCUCCGCCUGAGCUGACCAUAUAGCGGCCCUAUAUCUGUACUGAUCCCCGUCGCAAUUAUGUCAUGCAUGGAUAGCUCAGCGAACGAUCUCCGUAAGGGUAUCCGAAUACAUAUGUACCUAGAUGGUCCCCCUUGAGGCGAAAAAAAAAGUUGAUGAUGUUGCGCUCUUCUCCACCGCUUCCGCGCUUGGGAGCUGAUCAGGUCUCUCCCAAGCCUCUCAUGUAUAAAAGUUUCACACACAAGGUUGGCCGUUUCGGGCUCUAAUAGUGGCUCUGAGACAACAAAUACAAGCCAUAACACUUCAUAACUCGCCGAAGACAGGUACCCAUUUAUACCACGAAGGUAAUUUCAACAUGCGCCAUCUUGAGUUCUCUCAUCCUCUUAGUUAUUGGUAUCCCGGCUGUUGCUCCUCGACUUAAAAACGGAACUAUCCCUUUUUGACUCCUUCGAAUAUUUCUUCAGAAAGCGUCCCAAGCAGACACAACGGCCUCGAUAAUUCACCUUCACAGUUAUAAUUUGUUGCCAGAAAUAGUUACUCAAUAUGAGCUCUUCAUCAUCUCGAUGGCGGAAGACUGCUGGCGCGUCCAAUGUCAUGCUCACGAACGCCGCCUAUUUUCCAAAUCACAAGAUCUAUAACGGCGCCUCGCCGGGUAUGAUGAACUAUGGUUGCAUUAACCAUGUGUAUUACGCUUUCGCUAACGUAGCGGCGGACGGUUCCGUGUUUCUGAGCGAUGAGUGGGCAGAUACCCAAGCCCCUUGCGACGGAGUCCAAGGUGGGCUUGGAUCUUUGAUGCAUCUUAAGCAGAAGCAUCCGCAUCUGCAAGUCACUAUAUCGAUCGGUGGCGGCACUUCGAGUGAGACAUUCCCAGUCGUUGCCUCGAACGCUCUGCUGCGAGAUAACUUUGCGCGAUCAGCGCGAGGUUUAGUGGAGGCCUCCGGUAUGGAUGGUAUUGAUAUAAACUGGGAAUAUCCCAUGGACCCCCAGCAAGGGGCCGACUUCGUUGCGCUCCUGGCCGCCGUGCGGGUCCAACUUCCGGAGGAGCAGUUCUUCGUCACGGCAGCUCUCCCAGCAAGCCGCUCAGUUUUGCAUAAUAUCGAUAUUGCGCAAGCUGCGUCCUAUCUCGACUACGUAAAUCUGAUGGCGUAUGACUUCUGCGGUUCGUGGUCACAACGAAGCGGGCACCAGGCCCAAUUGUACUCGAUGAGCAAGGACGAGACAUCAGGAUCGUCUGGUGUCUCGUACCUUGUGGGCCACGGCUGUCCAACUAGAAAAAUUUUGCUGGGUAUUCCCCUCUACGGACGGAGCUUUCUCGGGGUUAGCGGACCAGGACAUCGAAACAAGGGCGCAGGAGGCGAAGACGGCGUAUUCGAAUACAGCACGUUGCCAAGAAAACAUGCCAAAGAAUCUGUGGAUAAACGGAUAGGGGCCGCGAGUUGCGUCGGAGGGGAUGGAGGGUUUGUCACCUACGAUAACCCGGACACCGUCAAGAUGAAGGCAGCAUACUGCAAACAGAAAGGUCUCGGGGGCUUGUUCUAUUGGUCCGGACCCGCUGACUCCCGAGAAAAAUCUCGAAGCUUGAUCGCGGCCGGAUUCCGAGCGUUGCAUAGUUCAUAAACGAAUCGACAUUUUAGGCUUUUAUCACAGCUGGUGAACGGAGUUGAGGCGGUCACUACGACUGUUUGCAUUUUCAUGGCGUUAAAUUCCUAUUUAUAGGGUAGAUGCAUUAAGAUUUGGCUUUCCUGGAGACAGCAUAUCAUGCUUGUAUUGCAUCACUCAAGAGC